GCGAGUACGAGCGGUGCAGCAUGAAUCGGUACGCGAUCGGCGCCAAGCUCGGCGAGGGCACGUACGGUAACGUGUACGCGGCCGUGCACAAGGUGUCGGGCGCCCACGUGGCCAUCAAGGAGUUCAAGCGAGGCAAGUUCAAGGACGGCGUCAACUUUACGGCCGUACGCGAAGUCAAGCUCCAGACAGAGCUGCGCCACCCCAACGUGACGCGGCUCCUCGAUGCAUUCGUGCACAACGACACGGUCAACGUCGUCUUCGAGAUUCUGCCCAAGAAUCUCGACGAUGUCAUCAAGGACAAGAGCAUCGUGCUCUCGCGCGGUGACGUCAAGGCCUACAUGCAGAUGCUUCUGCGGGGUGUCGCCCACCUGCAUGCUCACUGGAUCCUUCACCGCGAUCUCAAGCCCGAAAACUUGCUCAUCGGCGGCGACGGCCAAAUCAAGCUGGCCGAUUUUGGUCUCGCGCGCAUGUACGGAAGCCCGAACCGCAAUAUGACGUCCGAGGUCUGCACGAUCUGGUACCGCCCGCCCGAGCUGCUCUUUGGCGCACGCGAGUACAGUGGUGCGGUCGACGUUUGGGGCGUCGGCUGCAUCUUUGCCGAGCUCUUAUUGCGAACACCGUUCCUCACCGGCAUGACGGAGCUGGAUCAGCUCGGUCGCAUCUUCCAUGCGCUCGGGACUCCGACAGAAGAGUCGUGGCCAGGGAUGACAGCGCUGCCCAACUACAUUGAGUUCACGCCGAGCAAGGCGCCGCCACUUGCGUCACUCUUCACAGCUGCGUCCGAAGACGCGCUCGACCUCCUCCGGCAGCUCCUCCUCUUCAACCCUUCGGAGCGCAUCACGGCCGCGGCUGCCCUCGAACACGUGUACUUCAAGUCUGCACCCGAGCCGACGCCGCCCGAGAAGCUUCCGUACUCGCAAGCCACUGCGCCGGACGCAUAAUACGCUUCAAUACAUGGCGCACACGGCUACGCGUCUAGCUC